AAAUCCAGGAAAUAGCCCCUGGUUUUCAUAUUUCCACUCUGCUUUCAAUAUUAUCAAUUCUAUCUAAAUUUGCCUUCAUUUAUACAUCUCAUUUUUAACCCCCCUCAAAUCAAACAUAUCAACCAAGCAACAUGCACCCUUAAAAAUUGCGCAUAGUAAAUAUCAACAGCAAACUGUUUUUUUUUUAUGUAACAAAAAGAAAUAUUAUUAAGUUUUUUUUUUGGCAAUAAAGAUCAUAGUUUUGUUGAAUUUAUUUUAAGCUGAUUUUGGAGUUUGUAUUAGUAGGAUGAGGAUUGAGAAAAAUGUAGGUGAAAGAAGAGGUAGGGAAUAUAGUGACUCGAAGAAAAACCGGAGAAGACAGAGGAUGGUGAACCCGGUUCAAAAACUUUAUGAUACUUGCAAAGAAGUAUUUGCUAAUUGUGGUCCUGCUGUUGUACCAUCUGCUGAAAAGAUUGAACGUCUCAAGGCUGUUUUAGAUACAAUGGGUGAAGCAGAUGUUGGCUUGAGACCGAACAUGCCAUAUUUUAAGUCAUCAUCAUAUGACAGACCUCCUAAAAUAACGUACCUGCACCUCCAUGAAUGUGAGAAAUUCUCGAUUGGUAUCUUUUGCUUGCCCCCAUCAGCUGUCAUUCCACUUCAUGAUCACCCUGGAAUGACAGUUUUUAGUAAGCUUCUUUUUGGAGAUAUGCACAUCAAGUCAUAUGACUGGGUGGAUAACGUUCCUGCUGAACCAACUCCAACUGCUAAUCCUUUAGACUAUGGGCUUGGGGAUUCUACUGGACUUCGUUUAGCAAAAGUGAAGAUGAAUACAGAGUUUAGAGCUCCUUGCAAGACCUCCAUCCUAUAUCCAGCUGACGGUGGUAAUAUGCAUUGUUUCACAGCAAGAACAGCCUGUGCUGUGCUAGAUGUGCUUGGCCCUCCGUAUUGUGAUCCUGAAGGUCGCCACUGUCAAUACUACAAUGACUUCCCUUUAGCCAAUAUCUCAGUGCCUGAUGAACAGAAGGGAGAGUAUGCAUGGCUGAAAGAGAGGGAGAAACCUGAAGACUUAACUGUAGUUGGAGCACUGUACAAGGGGCCAAAGAUGGUUAAGUGAAGAUAUUAUCAUAUCCACCAAGAGAAUUUCUGUGGAUGAUGACGAAAUUUGCAGUGAAGCAGAAGAAGAUCAGAAAACUCUUUUUCCUUUCUUCUCUUUCUUUUCCUUGUUUUCCUUCUCUUGGGGUUUGCUGAUGUUGUACAUAUUUCAGACAGGAGGAAACCAACACAAAAAUUGAAGCAGUAGUGUUUUUUUUUAACCGUCACAUAUUUCUGACAUAUGGUUAUGUUUGAUCAUGUGUUUACCCCAUUUUUAUGGUAAAAUUUGUAGCAGUUCAGCCUGUCCUAAAUUCA